GCCGCUCAGUCCAGGCCGGCCACAGGGCCACUCUCUACGUGCUAUCACCCGAUAGCGCUCUUCGACUGACGCCCGCGAUGCUGCUCCACCGCCGCUGCCAAAGAAGUACCAAAGAUUAGACUACGACAUUUGACAACUCAAUUAGCCGAUUAAAACAACCACAACAGAAAACAAAAUGGAGAACGCAUCGUCGUCAAUAGUGAGCGGCGGACACGACGAGCACCACCCGCCGACGGACGACGGCGAGGCUCUGCAGUUGGUGAAGACUGAGGAACGCGUUGAGAAUGAGAUCGAGCCGGGGCCCGAACCCGGCAAUGCCCAGGGGCCAGAGGAGAACCCGGUGCACGGCAAAUCGGUGAUAACAUCGCGGCGCGCGCUUCGUACUAUCACUGCCGCAGGGCACAUUACCGAGGAGACCGAACUGACCGAGGAAGGAGUGAAAGACGAGCCUCCGGAGCCGCCGCCAAUCGACGAACCGCAGCAGUACAUGGCCAAGCUCGAAGACGCUGAGCGAGCGCAGCACCACUACGACGAAGAGCGGCUGCGCAUGGCCGAGGCCGAGACGACGCGAUACCUCGCCUUCAAGCAGGAGCCAUACCGCUCGGCGCCGUCGCCCAUGGACCGGCGCGCGCCGCCGCCGCAGUACGCGCGAGCACCGCAGCGCCUUGACCGCCCGCCACAGAUCUCGCGUACGCUGGCGCUGCGCUACGGCGCCCCCCAUCACGUCAUCGUGGCGCAGGACAUCGACGUUGACGACCACGCUCAGGAGGCCUACUUGGCAAACCGCGACAAGCAGGAGGCGCUGCAAUACGCGGCCGUCAGUGAAGCGGAAUCGCGGCAGUACGCGGCGGCCCUGGGCGAACAGGCAGCUGCUGCCACCGCACUUGAGAUGAUCCAAACCACGGCGCUUGGAAACCAACAGGCGGUCGGAGUCGCAUACCAGCAAGUCAAAUACGAGACGCGCGGCGAGCACGAACCUCGACCUGGCACCUACGCUAGCUUGCAGCCGGUAACGUCAGUGCAUGGCGGGUACGCUUACUCGAGUGCUAGCCCACAAUACGGUGGCGUCAGUGCGGCGUCGGCAUCGGCCGGCGGUUACGGCGCCUACAGUGGCGGCAAGGAGCUGCUCACGCUGUACGGUGGCGUGGGCGGUGCAGGGGGUCCAGGGGCGCCUGGCGGUGCGCGCGGCGACGAGUCUCCUCCCGGGCAGUUGCUGUACCGCAGUGACCCUACGCUAUCGUCGUCAUCCCUGGCGGGCCGUGCCGUCAGCCACGUGGUGUACGGCACGGCUGCGGCUCCGGCGCAGGUCUACGAAGCGCCUGCCAGUCCAGGCGCCGGCCAGCAAGUGACGCUGUAUUCGCACGGCGGCGCUGUGCAGUACGUGGGCCAAGGCUCGGGCGUUGAGUACGUGCCAGUCUCUGGCUACGAGGCCGGUCUGCUGGUAGAGGGCUACGCGGCCGCACCGGUGCCGACGCAAGCGUGGUCCGCGCACAACCUGUUACCUGUCGACGACGGUUUCGACCCCGCAAUGGCUGGCAUGGGUGAUGUGAAGGAGUGCGUCAACUGCGCGGCGGCCACGACGCCGCUUUGGCGCCGCGAUGGAACAGGCCACUACCUGUGCAACGCGUGCGGCCUUUACACCAAGAUCAACGGUGUCAACCGACCCCCGCUUAAAGGGCAGAAGGCGAAACCGCAACAAGCACUGCCGACGAACGGGAACCGGCGCGUGGGCGUCAUGUGCGCCAACUGCCGCACCUCCAACACGACACUGUGGCGGCGCAAUAACAACGGCGAGCCCGUGUGCAACGCCUGCGGCCUCUACUUCAAGCUGCACAACGUCAACCGGCCGCUGAGCAUGAAGAAGGACGGCAUCCAAACGCGCAAGCGCAAACCGAAGAGCAUGGGUGGAGCCCACGGCAGCGGGGUGGCGCGGCCCGGAGGGUCUCUACAGGGGUACUCGCGGUAGAGCGCCCGCCGUGACUUGCCACCGCCGUGCACAGUGCUGGACUACGCGUAUUUUCUUUCGAUUUGUAAUUAUAAAACCAAAAAGACAUUGGCGGUACAAUUUGACGUUCUGUAAACCAAGUGAAAGACGAUUUUUCUUGCCUGCCUUUUAAAUAACGCUUACUCCAAAAAGUCGACACCUAACACUUGAAUGUGAUAAGUACCUGAUAUGAUAGAUAACUUAUCCUGUCAAAAUCGUACGCGGCUGCGGCCGGGUCUGUACGUGUAAGUGAAAAUAUUAUUUAGUUUAACUGUAGGUAAGUUAACUGAUGCGACGAAUUUAUUAAUAAAUAUUAUAAAGAACUUGUAUAUACAGUGUGUAUGGUUGCACAUGCAAGUUGUCUACGAAACUGAGGCACAACUAAGGGGGCGGACAGUUCGAUUGCCAAAAACGAAGGAUCUCUGUUUUAUGUCCAGUGAAAAGCACAACAAUUUUGAAUGAAAUUAGAUUGUUAUCAAUGUUGAAUAGUUCCAUGAAAUUUUCAUAUAGAGUUAAAAAAAAUUACAGAAUUCGAUAAAAUUAUCGUCUCUUCUCGGCUUCUCGACGCCUUUGUGUAUUUGUGCAUGUGUGUUUGUGUGUGUGUAUGAUAUGACAAUGUGUACAAUCUCUGCUGUUUAUGUUACGUAAGAGAUAACCGGCUAAAGAAGGCCACUCUGUAAAUACCAAAUACGACGU